UUGGGGGAGUGUGACCCUGUGGUGAGACGGUGACAGGGAACUCUGGAGAGCUCCGGAGAGGAACGCGGCGUCCUUCCCGCUCCGCAGAGCAGACGAGGAGGCCCUUGGUGAGUCCCCUGACGUCAAACGGCAGGUCACUUUCACGGUCACAGUUGUGCUGAGGCUCCGGAGGCCCCGUGUGAGAGGGGCGUCGGCACUUCUCACGCUCCAAGGACCUGAAGGGCGCGGGGGCAGCAGUGGCCCAGCGUCACCGGGGACAUCGCAGGGCACAGGGCAGCACCCAGCCCACUGGGCACUGCCGGAUCCACAUCUUCUUUUCCCGCUGAGAGGAGCGGAGGCUGCAGGAGGACCAGGAGCUGGGAUCCUGCUGACCUCGGUGAAUCGGCCUCUUCUUUCUGCCCGGCAGGGACCCUGGGCAGCCUGGUGUGACCGUGACAGGCAAGAGCAUCCUGCGGCCACCCCAUUUCCCAACAACUGGCGUGGGCAUCGGUGUGGAGACCUCAGGAUGAGGACGGGUGCAUUUGUGGCCGUCACGCUGCUCGUGGUCUGCACUGGAGUUCUCCUCCCUUUCGUCUUGAGAGGCAAAGGACUGCUCUGGGGAGAUACCAGAGACUCUCAGGUUCGUAGCAUGCUGGAGGCUGCUGUACGCUCGGUGGACGAGGCCAUCUACGCCUCCCUGCAGAGGAACCUCAGAAAGAGGGAUGUCACUUCAUCUCAGCUGCUGGCUUUUUCCAAGUUCCCUGAACCAUCGAGCAGAGCAAUUUCCCGGGCUGCAGAAAUCACGGAAGCCUCCAUGCAGGCGCUGGGGCUGACGGGGCAGCAGCUUCCUCUGGACAUUUUAUCAGAAGAUCUGCUGAACAUGAUUGCAAAUCUGUCUGGCUGCCUACCUUACAUGCUGCCACCAAAAUGUCCCAACACUUGCCUGGCGAACAAGUACAGACUCAUCACGGGCGCCUGCAACAACAGGGAUCACCCCACCUGGGGCGCCUCCAACUCUGCCCUGGCCCGAUGGCUCCCCCCAGCCUACGAAGAUGGCUUCAGCCAGCCCCGGGGCUGGAACCCCGAUUUCCUGUACCACGGCUUCCCGCUGCCCCCGGUGCGGGAAGUAACGAAGCAGAUCAUUCGAGUUCCAAACGAGGUGGUGACCGAAGACGAUCAGUAUUCUGAUCUCCUAACAGCGUGGGGACAGUACAUCGACCACGACAUAGCACUCACCCCGCAGAGCACCAGCGCCUCCUGCCAGCAGACCUGCGAGAACCAGAAUCCCUGCUUCCCCAUACAGCUUCCCGCCGACGUCCCACCCGGGCCCCGGUGCCUGCCCUUCUCCCGCUCUGCCGCCGCCUGUGGCCUGGGACUGCGCGAUGCAUUCCCGGGCAACCUGUCCGCUGCAGCGGCGCGGCAGCAGGUGAACGCACUCACCUCCUUCCUGGACGCGUCCACGGUCUACGGCAGCUCCCCUGCCGCGGAGCGGGACCUGCGCGACUGGGCGGACGCGGCAGGGCGACUCCGGGUCAACGCGCGCCACCACGAUGACGGUCGCGCUCUCCUGCCCUUCACGCCGCCCCGCGCGCCCGCCGCCUGCGCCCCAGCGCCUGGCACCCCCGGCCCCACCCGCUCGCCUUGCUUCCUGGCCGGGGACGGCCGUGCCAGCGAGGUCCCGGCGCUCGCUGCCCUGCACACGCUGUGGCUGCGCGAGCACAACCGCCUGGCUGCGAAGCUCAAGGCCCUGAACCCGCACUGGAGCGCCGACACCGUAUACCAGGAGGCGCGCAAGGUGGUGGGCGCCCUGCACCAGAUCAUCACCCUGAGGGAUUACGUGCCCAGGAUCCUGGGUCCCAACGCCUUCCGGCAGUAUGUGGGCCCCUAUGAAGGCUAUAACCCCACUGUGAACCCCACGGUGUCCAAUGUCUUCUCCACGGCUGCCUUCCGUUUUGGCCACGCCACCAUCCACCCACUGGCGAGGCGGCUGGACGCCACCUUCAAGGACCACCCGGACCUCCCCCCGCUGCUGCUGGGGGACGCCUUCUUCAACCCCUGGAGGCUCAUCCAGGAAGGUGGUGUGGAUCCCAUCCUGAGGGGCCUUCUGGCUACGCCGGCCAAGCUGCAGGUAUCUGAGCAGCUCAUGCACGAGGAGCUGACUGAGAGGCUGUUUGUGCUGUCCACUCCCGGCUCCUUGGACCUGGCCUCACUCAACCUGCAGCGGGGCCGGGACCACGGCCUGCCAGGGUACAACGCAUGGAGGGUACUGUGCAACCUGCCCCGGCUGCGGACCCCGGCUGAGCUGCGCGGGGCUGUCGCCAACAGCAGCAUAGUGGACAGGCUCCUGGCCCUGUACGGGCACGCAGACAACAUCGAUGUGUGGCUGGGCGGCCUCAUGGAGGACCUGCUGCCGGGGGCCCGCACUGGACCGCUGUUCGCCUGCAUCAUUGGGAGGCAGAUGAAGGCCCUGAGGGACGGGGACAGGCUGUGGUGGGAGAAUGGCCCAGUCUUCACCAAGGCACAGCAGCAGGAGUUGGCAAAGCACUCACUGGCACGGGUCAUCUGCGACAACUCUGGCCUCACCCACGUGCCCAGGGAUGCCUUUCAAGCUGUGCAGUUCCCCCAGGACUUCGUGUCCUGUGAGCAUGUCCCCAGCCUGGACCUGGAAGCAUGGAGGGAGACCUUUCUGCAAGAUGACAGGUGCAGCUUGCCAGGCAGGGUGGAGAAUGGGGACUUCGUACACUGCGAGGACUCCGGGCAGCGUGUGCUGGUGUAUUCCUGUCACCAUGGAUACGAGCUGCAUGGGCAGGAGCAGGUCACUUGCACCCCGGAAGGAUGGGAUGCCCAGCCACCCAUCUGCAAAGAUGUGGACGAGUGUGCAGACCCAGCACGCGUGCCCUGCCACCCCUCUGCGCGCUGCAGGAACACCAAGGGUGGCUUCCAGUGCCUGUGCUCCGACCCUUAUGUGCUGGCUGAGGACGCCAGGACCUGCGUGGACUCCGGCAGGCUCCCACGAGCAUCCUGGGUCUCCCUCACCCUGGGGGCACUGCUGGUUGGUGUCUUGGCAGGCAUCACCUGGACGGUGAUCUGCAGGUGGACGUGCUCCGCUGCAGCAUCCACGCUGCCAGUCACUGAGGGAGAUGGGAAAAUCCCCGCUCAGCCGGGAUGUAGGAUGUGUGAGGAAGCAGGGACCUCGAUGCACAGCACCGCAGCUCUGGACCUGGAGCAGGAAGCGGCCUAUGGGUCACAGAUUCCUCUCUGCCUGUAGCAGUCGAGCUCCGCUUGCAAUCCUGGCCUUACCGAGAGCCCAGUGCAGGGCCUGUCUGGAGCCUGCCACAUCCUCACCGGCAAGGUGGCAGAGGACAGCAAAUCUCAGCAGUUUUGGGGGCGACUCCUGUGUCAGGUGACUCUGCUGUGUGAAGCCUGAGGCUCUGUAGAAGUGAAGUCGGACAUUGCUGGUGUUUUUCCGAAGUUUCAUGAGGCAAAGGGAUGGGAAGACUCAUUCACUACUAAGUCACCUGAUCAGGACUGGUGGCCACAGACUCCAGACACUGCAAAACAGUUUGCAGCAAAUGUCUCCUUGGAGGCACAUGUAGUAUCACGGUCUGCUUAUUCUAGAGCAUGCAUGAAUAAAUGCCAUGACCUCACA